AAUGUGGGUAACAAGGAUAAUGUUCCUGGUAAUGUUCAAUUGACAGUUGCUUAUCACGAAGGAGAAGUUGUGUAUGCAUAUCGUGGUGAUCGUAAUUCUGAACUGGGAAAGUCAUGGCGUGGAGGAAUACUCAACAACUCAGUCAAAAUUACAGAUCAUUGCAGAACUGGAAAUGGGAUUCCUCCAGAGCCAAGUAUUUGGUCAGGUGGAAUACCAGGAUUGACAUUUGACAAGAAAAAUCCUGGUGUAUACACUGGUAACUGUGACACAGAUCGAUACAAGAGUAUGAUUGACUGUCGCUGGGAAAAUUGUCUGUUACGUUCAUCUAUCUCAUCUGAAACAAGUCAUGUGCAGAUGACAGUUGCUAUAUUUGUCUGUUGAUAUUGCACCUAUACAACACUGUAUGCAUUAGUUGCAUGCAUGAUUGAUCUUGUCCAAGUCAUACCAAAAUAAAACAUUGAAUCUUG